UCGCGAAUAUAUUUCAGUAGUGUAUCGAUGUACAGAGUCGGGGACUGUUCGGAUAAAUUCUUAUUCGAGUAAUCAUUCGAAUGAAUCGAUAAAUAAAACUAGGACUUCUGUCAGUGGUUCGUCAGUAAUUUUAAUAGCGCAACGAAUAAAGAAUAAAUGAUUGGCGAACGACUAACGAACAAAUGAGUGACGAAUAAAAUUCUAUUCGUUAUUCGUUGUUCGAAUGACGUCCAACACUGGGUAGAGGGUAGUUUGAAGAAGUCACGACUUCGCUGUCACCUUUCUAAGCGCUGGUAUAUCGGCAUGGCCUGGUUUCACCUGUAACUCUGUCGUUGGAAACGUGCACCCGAUCUUUUCUCCUCGAGUUACACUUUCACCGUCGUCCGACACGGGACCAGGCGGCUCGCAUCGCACUCUUGCCCGUUUAAACCGAGACCGAGCGUUUCCGUUUCAGGACCAUGACAGCGAUCUGCUUCGUGUGCAACCUGCCGAUCCUGAGCCAUCAGGUGGGGCUGAUAUGGCAGGGAGGAAACGGAUGGGACGAUCUCGUGCGGGAGCAGGUGGAAGAGUCCACCUUGAAGCAACGACUCGGAAGCGGAAGACGCGAUUCCGCGACGCAGAUCUCGCCGCCCAACGAGCCCCAGGAUCCAUCGCCGACGAACCAGACCCGUCGGAGGUCCAGCUUGGCCCAACUGACGGACAUCUUGAGGGAGUGGAGCGGCGGGGGCGGUUCUGGGAAGAGCGGACGCGGAAGUAAAUUCUGUCGGAGGGAAACGCUCGCGGACAUCGCCAAGUUGCCAUGGUCCAGACAGACGACCGACGUGAGCCAUCUGGAGAGAUUUCGGAAGCGGCGCGAGAGCUCUGUAGACAGUGGGAUUAGAAGCCAGCCAUCGACGAAAUCCAGACGGGACUCGGCCAUUAGCGAGAUUAGAAACGACAUCGCCAAAUUAUGGAGCAAGAGGGAGGCCGCCCCGCAGCCCCAGCCACCGCCCACGGUCAUUUCGCCCACCCCUCGUCGCGGCUCGGCGGAGUUGCGGAAUUCCCGUCGCGGUUCUGGGGAGAGCGCGAGGUCCAGGAGGGACUCGGUGGUCGCUGGACAGACCCCCAGCCCGGGUGAAAGGAAGCAUAACUGCCGUCAUCACAGACGUAGACAAUCCCAGCAAUCCAUAGACGGCGGCAUCGGCGCAGCGGCUGCAAAAUAUUACAGGAACGAUCAAAGACCGAGCGCCUCCAGCACCGAUAGCGCGACCAGCAACGCUGUCAGAGAGCACCUGGAGACGCGAAACUCGAUAGAGAAGACCGAUCGUUCGAGCAGCCUCGAGGCGAAGACAGCAGACGCUAAAACGGUAACAGCCACGACGACGACCACCACCACCACCACGUCCAUCAUAGACGUCAAGACGCCCGUUAUCACGGUCGUCGACUCGAAAUCGUCGACCACGAUGACGACCGCGGCGCCCACUGCGAUGGCGACGGUCUCCACGUCUACAGCGACGUCCACCAUGCUCACCGUCGAGCCGAAGGUGAUCCUGGACAGCAAGAACCUAACGUUGGAGGCGUCCAUCACGCCGCCCACUAUCAUAAUGUCGUCUGUGACACCGCCGACCGUCUCACCGACGAUUGGCAGCAGCCUUCCGCUUCCUGGAACCUCGCCUUCCGGCAGCUCCAGCCCCGUCGGCUCCCCGAAUGUUAACACGCCUACCCACCCCCUGCUCAGCACCAGAAGAGACUCCACCACUCAGUGUUACUACAAGGGAAAGGAAGUGUCGCCGAGCAAAUUAUCAAGAUUAACUCGUCAGGCGGCGGCAAUAGACGAAUCGAUGCCACCUGCAGGACGUCGCGGGAGCCAGCCGACGUUAUCACCGGAUCCCGAAGACGGAGGUCGAAAAGCUCGCAGGGACUCGCUGAGUCCGGAUUCCGCCUCUUACCCGAGGCGUCGCGACUCCAGGAGCCAUCUGAGCCCGGAUCGGACCGUCGAUAAGAGAGAUAUCAGCCCUAUCAGGACACGAAAGCAUCAGCUCAGAAGGCAGUCGACUUCGAUGGCCGGUCGGGCACCGAGAUCGCCGGAUAGCUCCACCUGCUCGUCGAGGGACCCGAGUCCUUGUGCGCGUGCACCAAGCACCCAGCACGCUCCGAUAAGAAGACAAUCAACGACCGAGGAAAUCUUCAUAGCUCGUGGCUUUCGACGACAGAGCACCACGGAGGAAAUGAUUAGAUGUCGAAAUUUUCGAAGGCAGAGCUCUCAAAGCGACGAAGUGGUUCAGAGAUACCGAGGACGCAGAGACAGUUCGGCUCAAAUCACCGAUGGCACGUUCGCUUCGAUGACCGUAGAGACAUCUAGUACCUUUUUCGACAGCAGUACGCAGACUGAACCGUCGCCGUUAUACGACAACAAUCACUACCACGAGGAAUGCCUAAAAUGUAACAGCUGCGGCCUGAAUCUCACAGGACCCAAUCAGAAACGGGCUAGACGGUUCAAAAACCAAAUACUUUGCGAUCUACACUUCGCUGACGUGGCGCUGAUGGAGUGCUCGGACUUCAUGCAGCAGUUGCGCAGCUUCAAACCACAAAGUUUAGGCUGCGCAGUUGCGAGAAGAAAAUCAUCGACCACCCUGAUCUUCCCGCUGCCGCCGCAAGCGUGCUCAGAUGAAUUCUGUUCAGAGUUCCCGCACAAUCUGAUGCCGACGCCUGGAUACUGGAUCGAGUGUUCCAGACAGCAGAUUAUGUCGGACACGAUCUGGGACGAGAGCGAGAGCGGAGAGGCCACGGACCCCGAGCAGGCGGAGGACCAGCCUGAGCCUGCCCCUAGGCGACAGGACAACAACUAUUGCUUCUACGAAGAGAACGAGGUGGAGACGGACGAAGUGCCGCGGAAGAAGACCACCAUCGAGGAGCAAUGGGAGAAGAACCAGGGAUUCGAGCUCACCUCCGUCGAACAGGAGACCUACGAGAAGUAUUUCUAUCUGAGGGAGCACUGGAACUACUUCACCAACGACGAGGACCUCGGCCCGGUGAUACUGAGCAUCAAACAGGAAACGUUGAACGGCAGGGAUCAAUUCAGGAUCCUCGUCAGGGCCAUCAGCUACACCGUGCACGGCCUCAUCCCUGCCAGCUGCGUCUUCGCGGAUCGAUACAAUCGGGAGGAGGUAGUAAGAAGCCUGGGUAAAGAGGUGAACGUGAACCCACCGCUGACGCUGGGUCAGCUGCCAGACACACAAGACGAGUUGCUCAAACUGGAUCAGGUAUUCAUAAAGUCGGAGCUGAAGGUCGGGGUGAUGUACGUUCAAGAAGGCCAGUACACCGAGGAGGAGAUACUCGACAACAAUGAGAACUCGCCGCUCUUCGAGGAGUUUCUGCAGAUCCUCGGCGACAAAGUUCGUCUGAAGGGCUUCGACAAGUACAAGGGUGGCCUGGACACUAUUCACGACCUGACCGGCUUGUACUCUGUCUACACGAACUGGAGGAGCAUCGAGAUCAUGUUCCACGUGUCCACGUUGCUGCCUUACGAGAAGCACGACCCCCAAAAGCUCCAAAGAAAGAGACACAUCGGCAACGACAUAGUGUGCGUCGUGUUCCUAGAAGCUGAUAACACUUCAUUCAGUCCGGCUUGUAUAAAAUCGCAUUUCCUGCACACGUUCAUCUUGGUACGAGUCAGCCCCCGCAUCAAAAGGAAAAUCACCAGGUACGAGGUGUCCGUCGUAACCAGGGACGAAGUCGGUGCCUACAAGCCCUACCUGUGGGAACAGAACGUCUUCGAGAAAGGGCCCAUGUUUCGUGAAUGGAUCUUAACGAAAAUCGUGAACGGAGAGAGGGCGAGCUACUCGGCGCCGAAAUUCGCCAGGAUGCAGGAAAGAACGAGGAGUCAAAUGCUGGAGGACAUCGUGGCCAAUCUGGCCAAUCACGUGGAGACUGGACAAAUUCCGAAACCGUACAGACGCGGUUCCUGGCGACCGAUCGGUCACAUGAGGCCAGCUUCACCCCUCCUGGAUUCGGUCAGAGACCAAUUCGAGGACUACGAUCAGCUCGCCAAGGACUUCACCAGGGUGUUCUUGAACAAUCAGGAGAACGCCUCGGUGAACGCUAACCUGUUCGACGUGUCAUUCUUGGUUCCUGGCCAGCAGAAACAGAAAGUCCGUUUCAUAGGAGUCAGAGCGAUCCUGGCUGUCAGAAGCAGGGUGUUCCAAGAGAUGCUGUACGGGAUCCAAGCCGGUUUCGGAAGUCCUCAGGUACCGGUAGCGGAACUGCUCUCCAGACCUGCGCCUACCUUGGUCAGCCCGCAGAAACCACGGAGUUCGAACUUCCUUCAAGUUCCUGACAUGGAGACCCCAAGCGUGCCCUCGUCGCCGAUGGUGAAGCGCGCGUUCUCGAGGAUUGGAACGAUCACGGCUGGCUGGAGCAGGAGCAUCCGGAAACAUGGCGGCGGGAACACCCUGCAGAGCGAGGAUCGCAAACGCUGGCUCAGCUCUCAGGAUUGCAGUAAUAAAGAAGCGAAGGAGAAGGAGAAAGCUGCUCAACAAUUAGCUGUCCCGAGGCUCAGCGUCGUGGCAGACGCUCAGAAGGUCGACAGAGCAAAAUUGGCACAGACAGAGUUCGACAUCAUCGAGUUCGACCCAGAGACGUUCAGGAUUCUGCUCGACUACCUGCACACAGGUUCCUGUUCCCUGACCUGCAGCAACAUUCCAGGCCUGAUCUGCGCAGCGGAGCACUACGAUCUCCCGGACCUCCUUCAGGCGUGUUUCCAUCACGCGAAACAGUUUCUGCGCAUCGAGAUCGUCUGCGUGAUGCUCUGCACCCUGGAGAACUACUGUUGGCGUUACACGUCCGCCUCCGAGCUGGUGAACAUGAUCCUGGCGUUCGUCGAGACCAGGGCGUACCAGCUGUUCCACAAUCCCGGCUUCCUGACGUUGAGCGAGUCGAUGGUCCAGAUGAUCAUGUGCAGGGGCCUAGAGGUGGACGAGAUCAACAAAUUCGAGGCGAUGCUCAACUGGGCCAAGCACAGGAUCAAGACGAAGUCGGCUAAAGUGGACGCAAAGGUCGAGUUCAAGUGCAUCAUGGAGAGGCUCAGCAGAGACCUCAAGCUCUACAGGAUAACGCCCCAAGAGCUUAUCAGGAUCGUGUUGCCAUCGAAGGCGAUCAAGAACGAAAGGAUCCUGGACACGCUGAUGUACCAAGCGAAGUCAGGCAUCUACAAGAACGUCGACGCCUGCUUGGAGUCCUAUCAAAAGAAGAUGCAGAACCAGGAAAGCUUCGACUGCGGAAUGUAAACGAUGUUCGCGUAAAGUAUCCUUUAAAGAUCGACAGAGCACCUAGGACUCCGACGCCGUGGUUCACCGAGAAACGAGGACUCGAGAUCCAAAAUGGAGACCAAACUCAAGUUCGUCUAAUAUUUUUGGUCCCUCGUGAAUUGUUCCGCGACAAAAGCAUCCAGCGAGGGGAGGAUUCAGCGAGAGGGUGCAACCGCCCUAGAAAACACAUCGAGAAUCACGAUGGAUCGAAUCAGGGGUUCGAGCCUCGUAACAAGAUUCUUCGUCGCUGACCCCUUCGCUAAAACUCGAGACGAUCGAAAGCACUGUCAGGGUUUCGACGCUGUUCCUCGAAGAGAAAAUCUUGCAUCAGGAUUCCCUGACCCGUAGACCGACACGAAUCGUUCUGCAAGAGACUGGAUCCAGGCUACCGAGGAAAAUUGUGAUCAACUCUUAGAAAAUGUCUAGUUCGUAAUAGAAGAAUGUUUUCGGCGGGAGGACCGUGCUAGGCUCUCUUAGAAAUCCGAAGAGAAUCGGGGAACACGUUUAGAAGAACGUUCACCUCCGGAAUGCAAACGAGCAAGUUUCGUAAGCCAUGGUUGUAGAGAAAGUUGCGAAGAAAGCUUCGAUUAGGGGAAUUUCAUCCGGAGACUGGACUCUCGGCUUCGAUUCGUCGGGCAAGAAAAACACCAAGAUGGAAAAGUAAUGCACAAAUUUCAUAUCGUUCUAAAAAUUAAGGGGAGGAAGGGUGAAACGAAAUACGGAGAUUUCGGUGGGUGGGGUGGGGGGUGUUUAGAGUCGAUUAGACGGAGUAAAUAAUUAGAGAAUUGUUCGUCGAUCGAACGACGUUGAAAGUAGUGUCUAGCCAUUGGGUACCUGCAGGUCGCGGCCAUUUUGUCGUGGUUAGGGACGCGAGACCGCGAGAUGGAUAGAGGGAAAAGAUCCGCCAGGGAGAGGCAGGCUUUAUCCGAGGCUGGGGAAUUUUAACGGCAAACGAGAAUGCCGGACAUGACAAUCUGUAUCAUAAACAACAACAAGAGAAAAAAAAAUUAUGAAGAAAGAGAAACGCUAAUAAUACUUAAACAAACUUAAAAAAAAAAAUACGGUAAACGUAAAGAUGAACUACUUGGUAAGCUUGAAUGAAAAUUAACUAUACACGUGUGCGUGCAAGGGCGACGCUAAUAAUAACAAUAAUACUAAUAAAUAGGUGUAAGAACUAAUAAUAAACGAUAUAGUAUAAAUAACAAAAAAUGAUGUUGAUGUUGAAUGUGGAAUUUAAAAAAGAAAAAAAAAGAAACGAUGAAGAAGGUGAGACAAACUGAACAAAAAAAAGAUAAUGAAGUAUUCGAAGUCUGUUCUGUUUUCUAUCGUAGUUUUUGUAUCUUCAAUACUCUAAGGCAGAAAUUCUAAAAUUCACGAGAACAGGCUGGAAACGACAAACAAACAAAAAAAAAAAUAAAAAAAGAAAGAAACUAGAAUGCAUGGAAGAUAUUUUCUCUCGACGGUUAUUCCUCGUUUUUGGAAGAACGUUAAGGCGGGGAAAACGAGGAGAAGCAAGGAAAUUUCGGUUACGAUGAUUCGAGAAGUAUGAUUUGAUAUUUUUUCUAUUCGUGGCGAACGUUGCAACCAUUGACGUCGUUCGUGGAAUCGGAAUCGACGAUUGUUCAUCGAGAAGAAGUUCAUUCUUUUCAACGAUAAGGAGGUAGAAUGCAUGCCACUAAAUAAAAUUCCAAUGAUAAGUAGCCAUUCAAGCAUUCGUUGAGCGCGCAGCUCGUUCCUCCGAGUAAUUGUGCUCAAUCUCUGGAAAAAGGUUUCGCUUAUGGGCAGAAACAUAUUUUGAUAUUUUUGUUAAAAAAUAAUUAGGUGUACGCACAAGUUUUGUAGGAUAUGUUUAGACAGUGCCAGAAAACAAAAGCGUUGUUGGUGUUGGUACGACUGGUCAACCUGCAUUCAAAAAAGUAGACAACAAAUCGUAAUUUUUUAUAUAACUUCCUUUCUAGUAUGUUCGAAAGUUAGAUUUCAUUUGAUUAAUAAAGUAUUAAUCAAAAAAAGCUACUGGAUGCACCUAAUAUCAAUUAUUAUUGAUCUCAUAAUUAUACUAUUUAUAAUAUAUAAUAUACAGUUAUACUUAUUAUAUCAGUAAUAGAUAAUAAUAAUUUUAAAUAAUACUAUUCAAAUUAUAAUUAUAAUUACAAAUAUUAUUGAUAUAAAGGGGGUGGAGGGUGUAAAUCUUUGCAAAGAAUACUACGCUCGACGAAUGCCUGAGUGGCCAUCCUACCCAAUGGAUAUUUUAGUUCAUUCGUUCGCAAUGCUCACGUUCGAGCUCGACGAUUCAGACUGGCCUGGUUCCCGAGUUUCAUUGACUUCAUUUUCACGAGAAAAACACCGAAUAGAAAAAACUAAAAGACGCGAUACUCGCCGUGCACACUGAAGAGUCUGAUUUUCGUCCACCUGUCUUUACCCUCUAUCACUUUUCACUGUCGCUCGGUUGCUCUAGCCUUCACCUGAAACGACUCGUCUCUCAAGUUCCAAGAAAAAGAGAUAUUUUUUACACGAUCGUCCGUUGGCGAUACAACGCGUUUCCGGUACCUCUCUAUCGUGUUUGCGUUCGUCGUGUCCCUUUCACUGGAGAUGGAUAGAACCCCAUUCGAAUUACAAAUUACUAAACUAUGGACUUUGUCCAUUUACGACAGCAGAAUCGCGAACACCGAAAAAAUGUAUAUAUGACAAAUUCUAGUAAUUAUUAUAACAAAGGAGGCACUUAGGAUCAGUGACGAAAUAUAGCUAUACUCAAACAGUUCUUUUUCGAAAACAAUUUAAUGGAAGACUUGUUUGCUGAGGUUUUUAAAUAAACUACUGCAAUCCACUUGUAUUAUAAAUGCAUAAAAUCCACACUUUAUAAAUGACGAAUGAGAAUUCUAUAUGUUAAUUUAUUCGCAACGUUUGUCCUGAAGAACACUCUAUAAAUAACACAACCUUCUGUUCCACGAAGUUCGUAUUCUUCUGUAUCUAAAUUUUUAUCCAGAUAAAAAUGACUUCGUAGUGAAAAUCGCUGUCCAUCUCUGGCGUGGGCGCGGCCAGAAGGAAACGCGUCGAACCAACAAGGAAAUACAAGUAAACGAGAAAAAAUGUAAAAAAAUAAAAUAAAAAAAAAAUAAAAAUAAAAUAAAAUAAUGAAAAACACUCGCCGAUUCCCCGACGCAUCGGCGGGGAAUCGCCCAACUGUUAAGUGUCUUAUUGUUCAGGCAAGCGGCUGGACGAAAGUAGAUCUUUUCUCGCGGCGAUUCUAGCGAGCGCUGGGAGACAUAUCGCUUGCGAUCGACGCUCGAUGGCUAAAACUCCGCGGAUCCGGACACGUUUGUGCCUCCGUCAGAGAACAGAGAAACAGAGGGCUAUUUGUAAUAUUUUUACAGAACCUGUAGAAAAACAGCGAGGUACAAAUGUGACGCGCGAGCAGACUCGCGAGAUAAGAGAAAAAACUAACAAAUGAAAACCAAAGUAAAUAGGUAAAAUAAAUAUGCAACCGUGUGUGUAGCUGUUAAAUCAACUGUAAGCAAAACAAAAUGUAAAAAAACGAUUUUGUCGUCGUAAUGAACGUUUGUAAAGAAAUCGUGUUGAACUUGAUGGACGAUGAUCUGUCACGAUUCGUCCGGUGCUUGUUGACGGAGACCGAUUACCUCGUAAUAUUAUUAUCGUUGUUAUCGAAAUUUUCAAAAUAAAUCCUCGGGUAUAUAUACUAUAUUGUAUGUUAUAUUCCUAAAUAAAAUUGUUUCGAACGUGUGAAAAACGAAUUCGUUCGAGAAUUUUGGGCUAAUAUUUUGUCAUUCCUGAAGGAGAACGUAAAUUAGUCGAUUCUUUUAUUAAUAAUUAGAGAACGCGAAAUAAUUCAUACGACUAAUGGGUAAAAUUCUUAUAUCGUCAAACAAAAGUUCGAAUCGAAAAAACGAAAUUGUGUUUCAACUAGAAUGAGUAAAAAUGAAAAUUUUGCAAAAGUAACCGUCACGAUCAUCGAAAACGUGACACGAUCAACGUCCAAUCUUCUCGUCGCUGUGCUCUCGCGUUGUCGUUCAUUCUUCGUAAGUGCGAACAACGGUAGUUUUUCCGCGACACGUGUCCACGAUAAACAAAAUGUAAACAUUCGAGAAUAUCCCAGGAAUUAUCAUUGAAAUAUAUAAUACGAGUGGUCGGAUCGAAAUGGACAUUCGUGGAUCGCGUGCAGCCCGAAAUUCUACUAACUCAGUGUGUAAGCGUAGAUGUUUAGUGUGUGCUCGAAAUGUAAUCGAUUGAUCGCUGUGUAUCGAUUUAUAACGCCCCAUCCGGGGGUUCCGAGGAACGCCGGAGAGCCCAUUUGUCACAGUUGCUACCUUAGGGCCGCAAAUUCGGUACAGGAGCGCCAGCGGGACAAAUAAAGGAAGGGAAAGUAUUUUGAACAAUUAAAUUGAAGUUGACAAAAGAAAAGAAAGUCCCAGGAUCGGACAUUAAUCCGAAUACCACGGAAUAAACGUCAAGAAUAAAUUCGCAAAUCUAUCAUAUAUUUAAAGAAAAUUCUGCUCAGAUAUCUGAAUCAGAUUUUUAAUCAGGAUUUGGAUUUAGCUAUUUGGAUGAUACAAGCAUUCAUUUGAAAUAUCCAAGCUUUACUGCAUUUCCUUAAGGUACUGACAAUUUUAAAUUCAAUUUUUUGAAUAUAAAAAUAUAUAAAUUCUGCUGAGAUUUCUGAAUCAGAUUUUUAAUCAGGAUUUGGAUUUAGCUAUUUGGUUGAUACAAGCAUUUAUUUGAAAUAUUCAACCUUGCUUGCAUUUCUUAAACUAAAUUUUCUAAAUAUAUAAAUAUAUAAGUUUGUGUAUCUUCGAAUCAGAUUUUUCAUCAAACUUUGGAUCUAGCUAUUUAAUUAAUUCAAGCAUUUACUUGAAAUAUUCAACCCUUCCUGCAUUUCCUCAGAAGGUAGACAAUUUUAAACUAAAUUUUCCAAAUGUAUAAAUAUAUAAAUUAUGUCUCUCUAUAUAUUUCUAUAAAUUUCAGUUCUAUAAAUCAAGUCCAGUCCCUUCGAUUUAAAUUCGGACCACCUGGCGAGCCUGUACUCGAAUUCCGUCAAUCGCCACGAGAGUCAGUACAAACCAACGCCCUGUGGUUGUCUGCCCCCGCAACGCCCACGUCGCGGUCAGACGCGUGUGCGCUCAUGUACAAAAAGCGAGUUCUUUUGUCCACGCUCGAUGACAAGUACCUUCGCGUUGUUCGAUGCAAGACGAGCAGCAAGAAACAAACGAAACGAUACCGACACACACAGGAUUUAGAUGAAGAAACGAACCAAUCGCGGCUCGCGACACCUCGUACCGAUUUAGAGGAACGUAAAAACAAAAACAAAAAAAAACAAAAAAAAAGGAACUUUCAUCGAACGCGAUUCUGUCCAGCCAUUGCCGACUACUGUUCAACUGUAAAUGUACUCGCACAGAGAGGUAUAAACAAAUGAAGAGGAAACCUAUCUUACGCAAAGAGAAAAGGAAUACAGAGAGAAUGAUUAUAUAUACGAUAUAUAUGUACAUAUAUGUGACGUACACACGCGCGCGCACGUAACACGCGUACACGCAGUCCAGAGUUGGGCAGUGAUCGAUCUAGAAUUUAUUUUGCUAUAAUCGCUCUCUAAUUGACUGGGGAUGUUUAUGCAUUUCUGACGAGAAAUACGCGAAGUUGGCGGGAGGAUAUGCAAAAAAUAUAUCGAAUAUCAACGUUACAUUGUUUCGGGAAGAGGAGGCGUAACUUUUUGCAAAUUCAAUUUGCAUAAACAUUCGCGAGCUUCCUCGUAAAUCAGUCAUUUGGAGUUUCUCGAUGCCGAAUGUUUCGAUAUUUGGUCCAAUGCUCAAAGUGUGAUUUUUUAAUUACGUUAAGAAUUCAUGGAUCAGUUUGGGAGGAUCCAACCGAUCCCAUCUCGCAUAUUAUGCAUCGCAUAUUCCAGUUCACUAGUUGAUAGCUAACAGAGUUGUUAAGUUUCCUGUUUGCUAUUUCAUUUUAUCGUUUAUCUAUCGCAACCGUGGAUUCCACUUUGCCCAACGCUGAGUACACAUAACUGUGUGCGAAACUAAUGCAACACGGAAGGGCGAGGAUUAUUAUAACGAAUACCAGGGAGCCACGUGGGCGGGCUGCGGCGAGUAUUGAAUAUAUCGUGGAAUUCCGUGUCCCGGAAUUCGAUUAAAGGCGCGAGGGUUGUGUUUGUAAUAACGUAGGACAGAAUGCUCGUCGAAUAUCCUGGCGUGGAUAUCGAUAAGGGAUGCACCGUCACGUCACAGAGAAUUUUCAACCCUUUGCACUUCGCAUCUUCUGGGUGUCUCGUUGGACAUAUCAAUCUCCAUUUUUCCAGUUCACCGGGAAAAUUAAAUUGCAUUUUCAUCUAAAUGAUCAAUUUGAAAUUUUCAUUGCGAGGAUGAUACUUGAUCGGAGUAUACUCUUUCGUGCCUGUAAUGUGAAAUAAUUACUUUGUGAGAGAAUUUAACACACGAAAAGGUUUUCCGAAGACCAACGCAGCUUCAAAAUUAAAUUCAGUACAGGAGAAUAAUAUUUAAAAAUAAUUGAUACGAAGCCUUGUAGUCUAAAUAAAAUUCAAAAGGGUCGAAGUGCAAAAGGAUUAAAUACAAAUGAUAUCAAUGUAAUCAUUAUCAUGCUAUGUUAAUCACUAUCAAGACUCGUUUCCGCGUCUUCGUCGAUUUUGGACUCUCAUUAUCAUUGUUGUUACUGUUAAUAUCUAAUACGAUCGCUGAUCUUGAUACACACUCGAGGAACGAAGAUUAAUCGAGUGCUUGAAUAUCCUCAACUGCUUGCAGAUCUUAAAAAUACAAUUUGUUGGAAGGAAACGUCGUCCAUCCUACGCUAUAACUAAUAUCGAAGCUAAUUAUUGAACCAUCGCUAAGUUGAUUAAUUAAAGAAAAUCACAAACGACGCUCAAUUCGACGUUUCACUCGUUAAUUUUCCCAGUUACAUGAGCCGAGUAUCGUCGAUGAUUUCUGUAAUACUCACAAUCCAUAGGUCCUGUUAGGCUCAGAGUCCUCGGCUAAUGUUCACCGAGUGUUUCUCAAGUACCCGGCUACUCGUUGUGUCUGUGGAACACGAAUGCAAUCAACAGGCGUCGAUAGUGAUCGCUCUACAUGUAUGUGCGUGUGUAUGCAUGCAUAGGCGUUUUUUGGUCUGUGUGCAUGGUGGAAAGAAAUUCACGAGUUUCAUGAUCGGUAUAUUAAGCAUUAUCGUUGAUAAGGUAAUACUUAGAGAACCGAGUGGUAUUUUAAUAUGACCGUAAGAGGCUCCGAUUAAAUUUCGUCAUAGUCGAUUGUCUACGCCAGUGCUCCUCAAACUCUCACCCUCGAACAACCCUCUCACCCUCGAAAGAAAUAGCGCAACAAACAAAUAAUCCCUUCCUAUUUUAUACAUUUAAAUAAAUCUCGUUCUGCUUACGCUGAAGAUAAUUAAGGACUCCGAAUUUCAUUAGAUAUUUCUAUGCAAUGUUUAAGAAAGGAAAAUCGUUCCAUUAUCGAAUAAUAUUAAACCCAAAGAAUCCACUGAGAAUUCACCGAGUCUUUUUAUGUUUAUUUCUGUGCAAUGAUUCGGUGAAUACCACGUCUAAAUAAAAGAGUACGAACUCGUUCAAAAAUUGAAUUAAAAUUCAGAAAGAAACCGAAUACAAAGAGUCGAAAUAAAAGAGUAUGAACAUAUUUCUUUAAAUCAAUUUGAAAAUCUUCUGGCGAAAUGGUCAUUUCCGCUCCGGGAGCUUUGAGGGAAGUUUGAGGAACACUGGUCCACAUUACUGUGAACGUUUCGUUGUCGCGUACUCGAACCGGCUUGGCGGCGAGUCAGCAAUAUCAUUCGGAUUCCGUCGUAGCCGUGCAUUUUGCAAAUCUGUCGGGACGUUCCGCUGUGUUCGCAUUAUUUGUGGAUAUUCCGUGAAAAUAUCGGGAACGUUCGAACCGUCGCGACGCGCAACGGAUCUGAAUAAUAUUUGCGGUUCUAAUUCGUGCUGUCUAGUCGUGCGCGGAGAUACGUCGUUUACUCUCUCCUUCGUCCCUCUGCUGACGCGCGGAAACACCUAGCGAAUUUUGUAAAUUAGUGGAAAAAUUCGAGACUCGCCGUGUCACGCUUGCGUGGUAACGAAUACAAGAGCAGAUGAAAUUAUGAACAAAAAGAAAUUUAUUGUAUAUGAAGCUACUGUGAUGUUACUGUUGAAUAUAAAAAAAAAAUAUAUAUAUAUACAUAUAUAUAUAUAUACAUAAAAGAUGCUGUAUUUAAAAAUCGU